AUGGCGGGCCGGAACCAGCAGGGAGUAAAGACAGGUGCACACGGAGCUGGAACCAUGGGUCGGCAAGGGAUGGGCAGGUGGAGCUGAAGCUGCUGCUGCGCGCUGCGUUUGUUGUGGUUGUCUCCGGGUAGCGCGUGGCUCGCAAGGUUGCUGUGCUCCGCGUGUUUCUCUACUGUGAGUUUGUGUCUGCAUCUGUAUCUUUCAUUUCUUGCCCUAGCGUGUGUGUUGGAGGUGCUUCCUCUGCAUUUCCCCUGAGACGAGGGCCGGGCCCUGCCUGGUAACAAGCGGCUUCUCUCUCAUUUGGCGCACACACACACAAACACUCAUACAAGCAACCUUUCCCAACAGUCUCCUCCCCCCUUCAAACUACUUCUGACUUCCUUUUUUCUCUCUUCCUCUCUCACCCCAUCUUCGCUCUCUCUCCGCUCGCGCGCUCUCUCGCUCUCGCUCUCUCUUUGCUCUCGCCCUCCGCUCUCGGGCGCAUCUCUCUCUCUCUGUCGCCUCUCUUUCCUGUCUCCGCUCUCUCUCUGGCCUCUCUGCUCUCUCGAGCGCCGCUCCUCGCUCUGUCGCGCUCUCGGGCUCUAGAUCUCUAUGCUCUCUCUCUCUCUCGCCUUCUAUCUCCUCUCCCUCCCUCGCCGCUCUCUUCUCUCUCUCUCCUCUCUUCUUCCUCGCCCUCUCUCUCUCUUCUCUCCCUCACGGCCCGCUCUCUCGCCUCUUUCUCUUCCACCCAUCUCCUCCACCCCAUUCUCUCUCUCACCCCAGCACACUCUCACCAUCUCUCGCACUCCCAUCUCUCUCACCCCAUCUCCCCUCCUCUCUCGCUCUCUAUCUCUCUCUCUCUUCUCUCUCUCUCCACACACACAUCUCUCUCUCACCCCAUCUCUCUCUCUCUCACCCCAUCUCUCUCUCUCUCUCACAUCCUCUCAUUAACCUAUAAUUUCCUUGCCUCUCUCUUUCUGUCUGUCUCUCUGUCUUUCUUUUCUUUGAGACCUCAGGUGGUUCUGCUGCCUGUGGCUUGUUUAGUACUGAGUAGAGCGCAGCCGGCAGCGACGACAGCCCCAGCCAGGGUUUGUUUGCUGCUUGAUCAGCGACUGAGAUUAGCCCUCGUUGUGUUAACAGGGCCACGUGUUCAGAGGUCACAUUGAGCUGCCACCAGGACACAAUAGGUCCCCCCUGCUGGUCGGCUUUUGUCUUCUUUUGGCCGAGUGUGACGUUAUUAGUCUGCGUAUGUCUCACCUCUCGUUUUAUUAAUGUAAAGAAACAUUCAGUAGUGAUCCACAUAGGUCAGUGUUUUGUUUUUAUGGAAAGGCAAAAAAUAACACAAACUGAUUUCCGGAUAAGAAGCUGGAGUGAUUUGAGUGGAAUAGUGAUUUUUUCCCCCCCCUUCAUUUAUUAUUUAAUUUCAUAUGUGACCGACCGCCUCGAUUCGGUCUUAUGUAGCAACAUUUUAAAUUGUGUUUUUUACAUUGAAUAAAAGUAGAGACUCAGAGCUACAAAAUGGUAUAUCAUACACUGCAGUUGAGGAACAAUGGGGAGGUAUUUCUGCUUUGAAAGUUGAUAAACUUGUAAGAAAAUGGUCCUUGAAUGUUUUGGUACACCUACUGUAGAGUUCUUCUUUGUCUACACCAAUUCAGCAUGGUUCACACCAUCUUAAGCCUUAGCCCUCCCAUCUCUUUAAGGAUUCACAUGUGAGGCCAUGUGCUAAACAGAGUGAGUAAGGUAGUGUAUUAAACAACCAAAUAUUUCAAGGCUAAAAGUGGUGAAAGUAGGAGCCUACAAUAAGGAAAAACUAAAUGUAAAAUACUUUUAUCUAGUUCUUGGCCUAUAUCCUAAUCUGACUUUGGUGCAGGUCAUGUUGUUCUUUACAUUACCGUCUCUGGUAAACACGCACUAUAUCAAAUAAAAUCUAAGUUUAUUUAGAUAUGCACAGAAAGUAUAAACAGUACAGUGAAAUGAAAUGGUUACUUGCAUAUUUGCAUAGUAUAAAUAUCAAAAAUAGAGAGUGUCCAGAUAUAAAUAUUUUAUCUUUACUUGUCUAAAUUGAUGAGUCAUGUGAAAUAAAUGCUAUAAUCACCCCCCAGCCAUAUCUAUCUAAGUGGAUGGGUCAAUAUUGUAUAGACAUAUACACAUGUUCAUGAAAUACAAUAGAUGGCCGUAAUCACCCCCAGACACACUUGAUAGGUAAUGUAAUCAUCUGGCGAAGUGGAGUCUUUUGUUAGGUAACAUUAGGCUAUAACUAGCAAUGCAAAUUAAUUUCUGAGAGACAAAUUAUAUUACAACACAGAUCAUGUAAUCAUCUGGCGAAGUGGAGUCUUUUGUUUAGACAUGUAAGUUAGCUAGCUAGCUAAACAAUGAACCAUAAUCCCAACCCAUACAAUACUAGCAAUACAAACCGAUUGCCAUAGCUAGUCACCAUGCAUGAAAUGCUGUAGUAUGAAUCUGCAGGUAGCUAAAGCUAACAAACUAGGUUCAAUGUUAGCUAGCUAGCUAACAUUAGGCUAUAACUAGCAAUGCAAAUGGAUUUCUGAGAAACAAAUAAUAUUACUACAGUACACAGAUCAUACACGUAACGUUAGCUACAUAGCUAACAGUAUGCUUUAACUUGCAAUAAGAACGACUUUCUGACUAAAUUAGAAACGUAUAAUAUCUGAAAAUGUAUCUAACUAGACUCUUACCCGUAUACAUGGAUGAACGCUUCUCCCUCUCUCUCAUGGAUGCCAUGGUUGCCCUUAGUUUGAAGCUGUAAUCCAGAGACAGGUGUUUUAUACAACAGCAUUCUGUGUUAUUUUUUCAACUCCCUCCGCAUUUGCAAUCAAAUGCCAGAACUUUCUCCAUCUGCUUAGCCACCGUACUCUGCUUCCAUCGGGCAUUCCACUGAUUUCAAAACUUGGUCAACAUCUUCUGUGACAACAACACUGUUGAUUGCCGUUUCUUCCCCAUCACUGUCAUCAGAAGACUCUACAAUGUCUGGUUCAAUGUUAUUGUUUUUUAACCUAAAUCAGGGAUUUUCUCAUUGUCUGAUUCAUUUUCAUGGCACGAUCGUCCUCCAGAAAGUAGUCAGUCCAUCACACAUUCUUCCCACUGAUCUUUGUCAAUAGCACUAGCAAUGUUGUUGAGAGCAGUAGCAACACUUUUGCAGUUCUCCAUGAUAUCUUUGAAAAAAGCCACAUUAGCAAGGACUAUCUACACAUACUGAGCAGCUCAUGUUAUAGACAGAAGCAUGCUACAUGGCAGACCAAUCCGAACUCAUCUCUCGGCAUGUCCAGCCCAUCCAUUAUCUCAGCCGAUCAUGUCUAGCGGGAACGUUCCUGUCUUUUUCCGUGGCUAAACCAACUAGGCUGGCCAAUUACCGUCAUCCAAAAUUCCAUGACCCUCACAGCCCUAUUUGCAUGCACACUGUAUGAAACCACUUCAGUUGGUUGCAGCUAUAUGCCAUUCAUAUCUGUUUGCUUUUAUUGUCCUGCACCUAUGCCUCUACUGACAUUAAUUCCAAUUAGACUGGUUUUGGAUUUCUCCCUGACCAAGGUGGCUGCCAUUUUGGAACUUUGAGGAUUUAUGACAUAGCCCCUCUAGUAAUAUAAUAGGAUCUCUAUGGGUUGCAGUAUCGUAGUACUAGGCUUAGGCUAUUAAGCUAUUUAUUGUUUUGUGAUUAUAACUACAGUGGGGAGAACAAGUAUUUGAUACACUGCCGAUUUUGUAGGUUUUACUACUUACAAAGCAUGUAGAGGUCUGUAAUUUUUUAUCAUAGGUACACUUCAACUGUGAGAGACAGAAUCUAAAACAAAAAUCCAGAAAAUCACAUUGAAUGAUUUUUAAGUAAUUAAUUUGCAUUUUAUUGCAUGACAUAAGUAUUUGAUCACCUACCAACCAGUAAGAAUUCCGGCUCUCACAGACCUGUUAGUUUUUCUGUAAGAAGCCCUCCUGUUCUCCACUCAUUACCUGUAUUAACUGCACCUGUUUGAACUCCUUACCUGUAUAAAAGACACCUGUCCACACACUCAAUCAAACAGACUCCAACCUCUCCACAAUGGCCAAGACCAGAGAGCUGUGUAAGGACAUCAGGGAUAAAAUUGUAGACCUGCACAAGGCUGGGAUGGGCUACAGGAUAAUAGGCAAGCAGCUUGGUGAGAAGGCAACAACUGUUGGUGCAAUUGUUAAAAAAAUGGAAGAAGUUCAAGAUGAUGGUAAAUCACCCUCGGUCUGGGGCUCCAUGCAAAAUCUCACCUCGUGGGGCAUCAAUAAUCAUGAGGAAGGUUGAGGGUUCAGCCGAGAACUACACGGCAGGACCUGGUCAAUGACCUGAAGAGAGCUGGGACCACAGUCUCAAAGAAAACCAUUAGUAACACACUACGCCGUCAUGGAUUAAAAUCCUCCAGCGCAUGUCCAGGUCCGUCUGAAGUUUGCCAAUGACCAUCUGGAUGAUCCAGAGGAGGAAUGGGAGAAGGUCAUGUGGUCUGAUGAGACAAAAAUAUAGCUUUUUGGUCUAAACUCUACUCGCCGUGUUUGGAGGAAGAAGAAGGAUGAGUACAACCCCAAGAACACCAUCCCAACCGUGAAGCAUGGAGGUGGAAACAUCAUUCUUUGGGGAUGCUUUUCUGCAAAGGGGACAGGACGACUGCACCGUAUUGAGGGGAGGAUGGAUGGGGCCAUGUAUCGCGAGAUCUUGGCCAACAACCUCCUUCCCUCAGUAAGAGCAUUGAAGAUGGGUCGUGGCUGGGUCUUCCAGCAUGACAACGACCCGAAACACACAGCCAGGGCAACUAAGGAGUGGCUCCGUAAGAAGCAUCUCAAGGUCCUGGAGUGGCCUAGCCAGUCUCCAGACCUGAACCCAAUAGAAAAUCUUUGGAGGGAGCUGAAAGUCCGUAUUGCCCAGCGACAGCCCCGUAACCUGAAGGAUCUGGAGAAGGUCUGUAUGGAGGAGUGGGCCAAAAUCCCUGCUGCAGUGUGUGCAAACCUGGUCAAGACCUACAGGAAAUGUAUGAUCUCUGUAAUUGCAAACAAAGGUUUCUGUACCAAAUAUUAAGUUCUGCUUUUCUGAUAUAUCAAAUACUUAUGUCAUGCAAUAAAAUGCAAAUUAAUUACUUAAAAAUCAUACAAUGUGAUUUUCUGGAUUUUUGUUUUAGAUUCCGUCUCUCACAGUUGAAGUGUACCUAUGAUAAAAAUUACAGACCUCUACAUGCUUUGUAAGUAGGAAAACCUGCAAAAUUGGCAGUGUAUCAAAUACUUGUUCUCCCCACUGUAUGUACCACUGACAUUUGGAUGGUAUUAUUGAUCCGCAGUACACUGACUGAACUAUGACCUUUGCUUCAUGUCUUUGUUGUUGUGGCUCUGAAGUACACCAAAUGUAUUUCAUAUGUUUAACUCGUUUAUUUGCGUUGAACAUUGUGCACAACAUAGACAUACCGUAGGUGAGGUGAGAAGCCCUAAAUGAAGCGUUUCAUUAAGCCAUCACCGUUGUGUUAAAUUAAUGAAUUAAAAAUAAGAUACUAAAAAGCAUGUAUGUCAUAACAAUAAUGUAUAAGAAUGUCAGGGCUUAACUAAACCUGCUCUUUGUUGUAGUGUGGUGACCCAUUCAAAGAAGAAGACCUCGUCGUCCUCAACGGGACCAAGGAGGAGGUGGAGAAACUGAGGAAGAUAAUGGAGGAGAAGAGAGCCAAGGCAACAAAGGUUCGCAUUCCUUGAGUUUUCAAAUAACAUUUUAAGGGGAAAUCCUAACUUCCACUUAAAGGGAUAGUUCAUCCAAAUUACAAAAUUACAUAUUGGUUGCUAACUUUUGUCACACCCUGGCUCUGGGACUCUAUAUGUUGAGCCAGGGUGUGGAUAUUCUAUAGGUUGUAUUUCUGUGUUGGCCAGAGUGGUUCCCAAUCAGAGGCAACGAGUGUCAGCUGUGGCUGGUUGUCUCUGAUUGGGAGCCAUAUUUAUAGAGGCUAUUUGCCCACAAAUGUUGUGGGAUCUUGUUUCUAGUCUGUUUGUGUUAGACCGUGAACUGUCACGUUAUCGUUUUGUUGUUUUUGAUCGUGUCUCUAAUAAAGAGUAUGUUUGCCUGCAACGCUGCGCCUUGGUCCUCCUCUGUAUACGACGAUCGUGACAGAAGAUCCCACCAAACCAGGACCAAGCAGCGUGUCCAGGAACACACGCAGGAGGUAACGCUGGUGGAUGUCCUCCUCGGCUGGGGGCAGAUUACGAAGGAGGAGGCCGUCCGGUACCGAAAGGCGAUGAAGGGGGAGACCCAGGCAGGAGUGGAGAAGCGGCGUCGACCGGGCCGUGGUCGGACAGGCGAGAGGCACCCCCAAUAAUUUUUUAGGGGGGGGCACACGGCAUGGGCGACUGGGCAGCAGGAGGCUGCCACAGGGCGAAUUGGGAGAUCAGGAGAGGAGGCCACCGGGUUUUGGGGGCCAGAAGGCAGGUUGGCGGAGCCUGGAUGGAGAGCAGAGCCAACUCCCCGUACUCAGGCAUGGCAGCAUGAGACUGGGCAGGUUCCGCGGUAUGCGGAGCUGCGCACUGUGCCACGAGUGGUCCGGCAUAGUCCGGUACGUCCUGUGCGAGCACCCCGCACGUGUUGUGCGAAGGUGGGCAUGCAGCCAGGACGGAGUGUGCCGGCUCAGCGCUCAUGGCCUCCAGUGCCUCUCCUCGGUCCCGGAUAUCCUGCGCCAGUGUCAUGUGCUGUUAUGCCAGUACGGGUACACAGCCCUGUACGUCCUGUGCUGAUGCCUCACACAGAGUGUGUGAAGGUAGGCAUUCAGCCAGGACGGGUUGUAGCAGCUCUUCACUCCAGGUCUCCUAUCCGUCUCCACAGCCCGGUCCGGCCUGUCCCUGCUCCACGCACCAAGCCUACGGUGUGCGUCGCCAGCCCGGUCCGGCCUGUCCCUGCUCCACGCACCAAGCCUACGGUGUGCGUCGCCAGCCCGGUCCGGCCUGUCCCUGCUCCACGCACCAAGCCUACGGUGUGCGUCGCCAGCCCGUUCCGGCCUGUCCCUGCUCCUCGCACCAAGCCAGGGGUGCGCAUCGUCAGCCCGGUCCGGCCCGUUCCUACUCCACGCACCAAGCCAGGGGUGCGCAUCGUCAGCCCGGUCCGGCCCGUUCCUACUCCACGCACCAAGCCAGGGGUGCGCAUCGUCAGCCCGGUCCGGCCCGUUCCUACUCCACGCACCAAGCCAGGGGUGCGCAUCGUCACCCCGGUCCGGCCCGUUCCUACUCCACGCACCAAGCCAGGGGUGCGCAUCGUCAGCCCGGUCCGGCCCGUUCCUACUCCACGCACCAAGCCAGGGGUGCGCAUCGUCAGUCAAGCACAACCCGUGCCUGGGUCACCGGUGCCUGGUAAGGUACCGGUCAGCUGCUCCACACCGGAGCCAAAGCGGUCCGCUUCUACGAUGUCCGGUCCAGCUCCAGCCAGCGGGGCCAGACCGGACCAGGGGCGCCACGGGGGGAUGGUGGAAGGGUGGUGGUCAAGCCCGGAGCCGGAACCGCCUCCGAGGAGGAAUGCCCACCCAGCCCUCCCCUGGUGUGUGUACGUUAGGCGCCGUCGCAGUCCGCACCUUUAGGGGGGGGUACUGUCACACCCUGGCUCUGGGACUCUAUAUGUUGAGCCAGGGUGUGGAUAUUCUAUAGGUUGUAUUUCUGUGUUGGCCAGAGUGGUUCCCAAUCAGAGGCAACGAGUGUCAGCUGUGGCUGGUUGUCUCUGAUUGGGAGCCAUAUUUAUAGAGGCUAUUUGCCCACAAAUGUUGUGGGAUCUUGUUUCUAGUCUGUUUGUGUUAGACCGUGAACUGUCACGUUAUCGUUUUGUUGUUUUUGAUCGUGUCUCUAAUAAAGAGUAUGUUUGCCUGCAACGCUGCGCCUUGGUCCUCCUCUAUAUACGACGAUCGUGACAACUUUUUAGCAUUUUGGGUACAAUUCCAAUGCAAGAAUGGUACCUAUAUUAGCAUUUUCACGCUUCAUGUCCAAAUCAUCUAUAAGAAACUUAACUGAGUUAUACAAUCAAUUUUAAGAUACUUUAGGAUGAUUUGGACAUGAAGCGCAAAAAUUGAAAUAUAGGUCGCAUUGACUUGCAAUGGAUUUGUGUCACAAAUGCUAAAAAGUUAGCAUUUGAAACCUUGUCCAUAGACUGUUUACAGCAGGGGUGUCAAAAAUCAUUCCACGGAGGGCCCAAGUGUUUGUGGGUUUCUGGGAUUUCCUUUCAAUUCAAACCUAGACAACCAGGUGAGGGGAGUUCCUUACUAAUUAGUGAACUUAAUUAAUCAAUGAAGUACAAGGGUGGAGUGAAAACCCACAGACACUUGGCCGUCCGCAGAAUGAGUCUGACACAUCUUGUUUACAGGGUAAGGAAACCAACAUGUACUUUUGUAAUUUGGCUGAACUAUCCCUUUAAGUCAAAUUUCCCCCUAGUCAUGAUGCUUGCAUGAUGCAUUGAUGUCAAAGUGAAGAUUUGACUCACUAUAGGUGGAAGUUAGGAUUCUCCACUUACUGGUUAUGUCAGUUGCCUGGAAUUUACGGUAAAAUUUAUGUUUUUUUUUUUUGUAGAAAUCGAAGAAGAGCAAAUUUGCUGAGACUGUUUCCAAGCCAUCACAGUCACAAGGUAGGAAGUGUGGAGGUGUCACGAUCGUCAUAAUGAUUGGACCAAGGCGCAGCGUGAUAUGCGUACAUCUUUUUAAUAGUGUACUGGCAACACGAUACAAAACAACCAAACGAAACGUGAAGUCCUCGGUUAAGAACACAAACCAACACGGAACAAGAUCCCACAAAACACAAGUGCACAACAGGCUGCCUAAGUAUGGUUCCCAAUCAGAGACAACAAGCAACAGCUGAUUCUCGUUGCCUCUGAUUGAGAACCACCCCGGCCAACAUAGAAACACAUAACCUAGAACAGAACAUAGAAAAUGAAACAUACACACUACACAAAGAAACUAACACCCUGGCUCAACAUACAAGAGUCCCCAGAGCCAGGGCGUGACAGGAGGACGCUUGACAUAUAUCAUAUUUUUGCUUUAUACACACUCACACAGAAAUUGGUGCAACCAGUUUGCUGAAUGAAUGACAGUUUUGCUUUUGUCUGCUUUUGUUUGCGUUAUAGAACACAUGACAUUGUAUUAUGUAGACUUGGGUUGUGUUCCAAAGGGCACCCUAUUGCUGAUAUGGUUUUCUAGUUUUGACUAGAGCCCUAUGGAAGAAACUGGGUGUGUAUAACCUUAGUUAGACCACAGGCAGUCAAACCGAGCUAAACAUAUAAUAGUGAGUAGCUUAUCGUUAUGUUAUUAAUCUAAAAACUAAAAUGUGCAAUGUUAUGAUUAGGGCCAUGUGGACAUUGUAUUGGUCACGUACGCCGAAUACAACAGGUGUAGAUUUAUCAGUGAAAUGCUUACUUACGAGCCCAUUCCAAAAAGUGCAGAGUUUAAAAGUAAGACAAAUAUUUGCUGAAUAAAAAAGGCAAUAUUAACAAAAAAUCUAUAAUGAGGCUUUAUACAAGGAGUACCAGUACUGACUCAAUGUGCAGGGGUACGGGAUAGUAAUGAGGCUAUAUACAAGGAGUACCAGUACUGACUCAAUGUGCAGGGGUACGGGGUAGUAAUGAGGCUAUAUACAAGGAGUACCUGUACUGACUCAAUGUGCAGGGGUACGGGAUAGUAAUGAAGCUAUAUACAAGGAGUACCAGUACCGAGUCAAUGUGCAGGAGUACGGGGUAGUCGAGGUAACAGUAUGUAUGUGUAGGUAGGGGUAAAAGUGACCAGGAAAUCAGGAUAUAUAAUAAACAGUGUAGCAGCAGCGUAUGUAAAGUGUGUGUGUGUGUUUGAGUGUCAGUGUAGUAUGUGUGAGUGUGCAUAGAGCCAGCAAGGGAUUCAGUGCAAAACAAUUAAGAUAAAGAAAUACACUGAUCAAAAAUAUUAACGCAACAUGUAAAGUGUUGGUUUCAUGAGCUGAAAUAAAAGAUCCUAGAAAUUUUACAUAUGCACAAAAAGCUUAUUUCUCUCAACUUUCGGGCACAAAUGUGUUUAUAUCCCUGUUUUUGAGCAUUUCUCCUUUGCCAAGAUAAUCCAACCACCUGACAGGUGUGGCAUAUAAAGAAGCUGAUUAUACAGGAUGAUCAUUACACAGCUUCUAUCUCAAGGCCAUCAGACUGUUAAAUAGCCACCACUAGCACAUAUUGGGCUGCUGCCUAUAGGCAUAGACUAGAAAUCACUGGCCACUUUAAGAAUUGAACACUAGUCACUUUAAUAAUGUUUACAUAUCUCAUCUCAAAUGUAUAUACUGUAUUCUAUAAUAUUCUACUGUAUCUUAGUCCAUGCCGCUCUGUCAUUGCUUGUCCAUAUAUGUAUAUAUUCUUAAUUCCAUUCCUUACUUAGAUUGUGUGUAUUGGGUAUAUGUUGUGAAAUUGUUAGAUAUUACUUGUUAGAUAUUACUGCACUGUCGGAGCUAGAAGCACAAGCAUUUUGCUACACCCGCAAUAACAUCUGCUAAAAACGUGUAUGUGACAAAUAAAAUGUGAUUUGAUUUGUGAUAGUGUUACAGGUUUUGGUUUUUCCUUUUAUGUUUUUUUGAGGACUUUAGCAUGUUAGCACGUAGGGCGCACCAAUUGGUUUCACCUCGUUAGUCAGUAUGUGUUACCCCUGUGCUGGCUGCCAUCUCGUUAGUGUGAAGGUGUUUCACCUGUGGCCCAGGUGCUAUUUAAUAGUGGCUGGCCCAGUGCUCCAGUUGUCUUGAGAGAUGUGGAGGGUUAACUCCUUUAGUUGUCUUGAUAGAUGUGGAGGGUUAACUCCUUUAGUUGUCUUGAUAGAUGUGGAGGGUUAACACCUUUAGUUGUCUUGAUAGAUGUGGAGUGUUAACUCCUUUAGUUGUCUUGAUAGAUGUGGAGGGUUAACUCCUUUAGUUGUCUUGAUAGAUGUGGAGGGUUAACUCCUUUAGUUGUCUUGAGAGAUGUGGAGGGUGAACUCCUUUAGUUGUCUUGAAAGAUGUGGAGGGUUAACACCUUUAGUUGUCUUGAUAGAUGUGGAGGGUUAACUCCUUUAGUUGUCUUGAGAGAUGUGGAGGGUUAACACCUUUAGUUGUCUUGAUAGAUGUGGAGGGUUAACUCCUUUAGUUGUCUUGAGAGAUGUGGAGGGUUAACACCUUUAGUUGUCUUGAUAGAUGUGGAGGGUUAACUCCUUUAGUUGUCUUGAGAGAUGUGGAUGGUUAACUCCUUUAGUUGUCUUGAUAGAUGUGGAGGGUUAACUUCUUUAGUUGUCUUGGUAGAUGUGGAGGGUUAACUCCUUUACUUGUCUUGAUAGAUGUGGAGGGUUAACUCCUUUAGUUGUCUUGAUAGAUGUGGAGGGUUAACACCUUUAGUUGUCUUGAUAGAUGUGGAGGGUUAACUCCUUUAGUUGUCUUGAUAGAUGUGGAGGGUUAACUCCUUUAGUUGUCUUGAUAGAUGUGGAGGGUUAACUCCUUUAGUUAUCUUGAUAGAUGUGGAGGGUUAAAACCUUUAGUUGUCUUGAUAGAUGUGGAGGGUUAACACCUUUAGUUUUCUUGAUAGAUUGGGAGGUUUAACACCUUUAGUUGUCUUGAUAGAUGUGGAGGGUUAACACCUUUACUUGUCUUGAUAGAUGUGGAGGGUUAGCUCCUUUAGUUGUCUUGAUAGAUGUAGAGGGUUAACUCCUUUAGUUGUCUUGAAAGAUGUGGAGGGUUAACUCCUUUAGUUGUCUUGAUAGAUGUGGAGGGUUAACUCCUUUAGUUGUCUUGAUAGAUGUGGAGGGUUAACUCCUUUAGUUGUCUUGAUAGAUGUGGAGGGUUAACUCCUUUAGUUGUCUUGAUAGAUGUGGAGGGUUAACUCCUUUAGUUGUCUUGAUAGAUGUGGAGGGUUAACUCCUUUAGUUGUCUUGAGAGAUGUGGAGGGUUAACUCCUUUAGUUGUCUUGAGAGAUGUGGAGGGUGAACUCCUUUAGUUGUCUUGAAAGAUGUGAAGGGUUAACACCUUUAGUUGUCUUGAGAGAUGUGGAGGGUUAAUUCCUUUAGUUGUCUUGAGAGAUGUGGAUGGUUAACUCCUUUAGUUGUCUUGAUAGAUGUGGAGGGUUAACUUCUUUAGUUGUCUUGGUAGAUGUGGAGGGUUAACUCCUUUACUUGUCUUGAUAGAUGUGGAGGGUUAACUCCUUUAGUUGUCUUGAUAGAUGUGGAGGGUUAACUCCUUUAGUUGUCUUGAUAUAUGUGGAGGGUUAACUCCUUUAGUUGUCUUGAUAUAUGUGGAGGGUUAACACCUUUAGUUGUCUUGAUAGAUGUGGAGGGUUAACUCCUUUACUUGUCUUGAUAGAUGUGGAGGGUUAACUCCUUUAGUUGUCUUGAUAGAUGUGGAGGGUUAACUCCUUUAGUUGUCUUGAUAGAUGUGGAGGGUUAACUCCUUUAGUUGUCUUGAUAGAUGUGGAGGGUUAACACCUUUAGUUGUCUUGAUAGAUGUGGAGGGUUAACUCCUUUAGUUGUCUUGAUAGAUGUGGAGGGUUAACUCCUUUAGUUGUCUUGAUAGAUGUGGAGGGUUAACUCCUUUAGUUAUCUUGAUAGAUGUGGAGGGUUAAAACCUUUAGUUGUCUUGAUAGAUGUGGAGGGUUAACACCUUUAGUUUUCUUGAUAGAUUGGGAGGUUUAACACCUUUAGUUGUCUUGAUAGAUGUGGAGGGUUAACAGCUUUACUUGUCUUGAUAGAUGUGGAGGGUUAGCUCCUUUAGUUGUCUUGAUAGAUGUGGAGGGUUAACUCCUUUAGUUGUCUUGAAAGAUGUGGAGGGUUAACUCCUUUAGUUGUCUUGAUAGAUGUGGAGGGUUAACUCCUUUAGUUGUCUUGAUAGAUGUGGAGGGUUAACUCCUUUAGUUGUCUUGAUAGAUGUGGAGGGUUAACUCCUUUAGUUGUCUUGAUAGAUGUGGAGGGUUAACUCCUUUAGUUGUCUUGAUAGAUGUGGAGGGUUAACUCCUUUAGUUGUCUUGAUAGAUGUGGAGGGUUAACACCUUUAGUUGUCUUGAUAGAUGUGGAGGGUUAACACCUUUAGUUGUCUUGAUAGAUGUGGAGGGUUAACUCCUUUAGUUGUCUUGAUAGAUGUGGAGGGUUAACACCUUUUAGUUGGCUCUCCCUAUUUGGAUUUCUAGACAAACAAGCCUUUAUCUGAUCUUCCCUGUUUUAAUUUUGCUCCACUUUAUGGUCUGCUUCCUGUUUUUAAGUUUGGAAUAGGUUUUUAUUUUGUUUGCCUCUUCUUGGGCAAAUGUAGUGGGCGCUCAUGGUGGGUGUCUUUUAGGUUCCAGUUGUUGUUGCAAGUCAACUUCCAGUGGACACGCCCGUGAGUGUCUUUCAGAACCCCUCCUAAAACCCCAACUGUUUAGUUUUUGUUGUUGUCAGUGACUCUUUGUUAGUUCCCCUUCUGUUUGAGUGGCAUUAUUUGGUUUUCUUGCUGGGGAACGUAACAGAUAGUUACUGUGCCUUCAGAAACUAUUCACACCCCUUGACUUUUCCACAUUUUGUUGUGUUACUGCCUGAACUCCAAAUGAAUUAAAUUGAGAUUUUGUGUCACUGGCCUACACACAAUACCCCUUAAGUAUUCACCCCACUGGGACAAUACAUGUCAGAAACACCUUUGGCAGCGAUUACAGCUGUGAGUCUUUUGGGGUAUGUUUCUAAGAGCUUUGCACACCUGGAUUUGUAAAUAUUUGCCCAUUAUUCUUUUUUACAUUCUUCAAGCUCUGUCAGGUUGGUUGUUGAUCAUUGUUGAAAGCCAUUUUCAAGUCUUUCCAUAGAUUUUCAAGCCAAGUCAAAACUGUAAUUAAGCCACUCAGAAAAAGUAUAUGUUGGUAAGCAACUCCAGUGUAGAUAUUCACACAAUGUGCCACUGUUGAUAGUCAAAGAUUCUGCCAUUCUUCAGACACAGACGGGAGGUUCAUGUAAUGUUUUCUCUACCUCGCUCUCCAAAAUACCAGAGUAAAACUGCAUGAAAUUGAGGAUAGAUGAGUGAUGGAUUUUUAUAUUAAAACUUUCGAUGUAUUACUUGUUCACGUUCUUUGUUCCUAUAUAGAAAAUCCAGACUCCACUGAAACCUUUUUUGCAGAGGGAAAAACUUCAACAGAAAAUGGCGACGACAGCAGCCAGCCAGGUGUUUAUUUGUGGUUUAUUUGACUAGGGAGAAACACAAACACAUUAACACUUUGAACAAACAAUCAUCCAAUGCAGUUAACAAUAGUGUGUAGCUUGCACUCAUUUGUAUUGCCUUUCUGACAGUAUACUCACCUUACAGUUCAUAACUCAGCAGCAUGAUGUCUUAACCCUAUAACUGCCACUGUGCCCUUGAGCAAGGCUCUUAACCCCUAAAGUGCUCUCCAUCCAGAGCCUGGACCGGAUCCCUGUGUGUGUGUGUGUGUGUGUGUGUGUGUGUGUGUGUGUGUGUGUGUGUGUGUGUGUGUGUAUAUAUAUUUGAAGGCGUUGAGAUAGACAGGAGACCAAUUUCUGUUUCUCACAAAAGUGACAAAGUAUUCUAUUUUAUGCUACACAAUUGUCAUUAUUGGUCAUUUUGUCUUCUCCCCGUAGCAGUCCCUGGGCCCUCUGGUUGGUCCAGCUCCUCCAAGGUGGUCAAACCCUUGGAGGCAUCCGGGAGCAAGAGGUCCAUCCAGACCAUGGAAGAGAAGUCGGAGACCUACAAAUCUCUCUUCACCAGCCACAGUUCAGCCAAGCGCACCAAAGACCAGAUAUCCAACUGGGUCACCCACACCCCCUACCACUUCUAA